AUGGCAACCUCAGAUGAUGAUGAUACACAACAACCCUCCCUCACUGGCGAAUUCGAAAUCCAGCAAAUAAACAACAGAGUCCUUGGUUUUCCUCCAAAAACUACACCAAUCCUCACCCCCGAGAAAGAUUGUCAAGUUCUCGCAUUUGGCACACUGGAGGCUCUCCUGACCAGUAUUCAGAGGUACAAUGAAGCAUACGCGACAAUCCAGUCAACCCCACAGCUUGACGACCCUCACUCUGCGACCCCGGAACUUGUAUCUCUGAUUACCGCUGGCAAUGACAUCAAAACCGUCGGCGCGUAUCUGAGAUGUGUAGAGCUGCUAGACGAGCAAUGGAACUCCUCACCGGGCGUGCAGCUCCUACUCGGCUUAGAUACAGCCACCGAUCCAGCCUCCAUUGCUCUCCAGGCGCGAGGUAAACGACGCAACGAGCUGAGGAAACAACGCGAAGCUGCCCGCAAGAAAGCCCUCUACGAGCUUACUGAGAAGGCUAGAAAAGAAAAGCUCGACAAGGCCAUUCGCGAAGGCAUCAAGAUCAUGAUGUCGUUUCAUACGCGCGGCCGCGACUCUUCUACGGCAACCUCAUCUGAAAGUUUGGCUGAAGUCAAAGACGAGCCCGCGACAGAUCUCGAAAUACAAAACUCCUCACAGCCUAUGACUGUCGAAAGUCUGGAAUCGGAUGAUGACGAGCCUCCGGUUUCGGCAAACGGAAGCAGAGCAAAGAAAGCUACGGCUGCGGCACCGGUCAAGCCCAAGACUACAAACCCAUCCUCUUCUUCUCAGAGAAUUCCAUACCAGGGUGUGGUUGUUGAAGUCCCCAGCCCUGAAUCACUAAAGGGGGGUAAAAGAAAAAAGGCCCAAGAACCGUCCAAUAAGCCAGAGCUUCCUCCAAAGCGCACCAGACUUGUUGACAAGUUAGUGUUAUGA